UUUUUGGUAUAAAUAAAGCGUUCACCUUUACAUUGUAUAUCAAUUGGUUAAUUGGUUUUUAACUCUGUCAUUAUAAAGAAAGUCAAUAGUCAAGAUGAAAUGUUUCAUUAUUUUAAGCGCAGCAAUUGUGGCUUUGCUCUUAGUAGGUGUUUCUGAAGUUGAAGGAGAAAAAGAAAUCUGUUGUAUAGAUGUGAAAACAAAGUGCAAACAGUUGAUAGAUGUUGUCGUCGGGGGUAUGAUGUGCACUGCAGCCGCAUGUCAAUUGACGGUUGCAGAGGCGAAAACGAGAUAUAUUUAUGUUGGUCACUCACAUAUCAAUAUGGCUAAUAUGGGCAUUGGCUUAGGUGCUGGAGUUGGUGGUGGCACUCUUAUUGGUACUGCAUUGGGAGCAAUAUGUACCAGUAAUGGUACGGAAAUUUGCAGAGCCGCUGCUUAUAGUGGUUACGUGGGCGGCUUGCUUGGCUGCGUAAUUGGCGCAUGCAUUCCUUAAAAAGAACCCGCUGCAGCGGCACGUGAGGGGUUUUAAUGGUGGGGCAGGAAAAAUUCAUGACUCAUACCUUUUUCCCCUAGUUGUAAUGACUCAUUAGUAAUGAACUCAGUACAUCUGUUCUUUUUAAAUAAAUUGCGACUCGAAUAAGUUUUAAUCAUUUAUUUUUUCCAAGCAAAAUAAACUUGUUCUAUGCCUGAAA